CUCUCAGUUUGGCUAGUCUUCCAGUGGGCUUCCGGUCAUUUUGAUUUUCUGGGAAUUGACAAAUGGCUUUUGGUCACCCUGUGAGUUCUACAAAUCGACAUGGCGGUUUCAGUUGAUGCCCAAAACAUUUUACUUCUCACUGACUCUUAUAAGGUGUCUCAUCACCAACAAUAUCCAGAGGGAACAUCUACUCUCUUCUCAUAUUUUGAAAGCAGAGGUGGGAAAUUUUCAAGUGUAUGCUUUUUUGGGCUCCAGUACAUUCUAAAGAAAUGGCUUGUUGGGCAGGUGGUAACAAAGCAAAAGAUUCAGGAAGCAAAAGAAUUUUACAAGCUUCACUUUGGUACAGAUCUGUUUAAUGAAAAAGGCUGGACCUAUAUUCUUGAACAUCACAAUGGCUUUCUACCUCUCAGAAUAAGAGCAGUUCCUGAAGGCAGUGAUGUGCCUGUAAAAAACGUUCUCUUCACAGYGCAAAACACUGAUCCCAACUGCUUCUGGUUGACAAACUGGGUUGAGAGUGUCUUAGUUCAGACUUGGUAUCCAACCACAGUUGCUACAAAUUCAAGAGAACAAAAAAAGAUCAUUGCACAGUAUCUUAGUGAGACUGCUGACUCCUUGGAUGGACUUCCUUUCAAGCUCCAUGAUUUUGGCUUUAGAGGAAGCACUUCUGUUGAGUCAGCGUCAAUUGGUGGAGCUGCACAUCUUGUAAACUUUUGUGGCACAGAUACUGUGACAGGAAUCGUCAUGGCAAGGAAUUAUUAUGGAUGUGAAAUGGCAGGUUUCUCCAUUCCUGCUGCAGAACACAGCACAAUUACUACCUGGGGAAAAGAGGGUGAAGUUGAUGCUUACAGGAAUAUGCUGGAAAAGUUUCCUUCGGGAUYGAUGGCGUGUGUUAGUGACAGCUAUGACAUAUGGAAUGCCUGCAAAAAUUUGUGGGGCAAAGAGUUAAAGGAACUCGUUGUUAAACGAAAAGGUAUCCUAGUGGUGCGGCCUGACUCUGGUGACCCUCCAGAGGUCGUAGUGAAGGUUCUUGAGUUACUUGGUUCGGCGUUUGGUACAACAAAGAAUUCAAAGGGCUUUCACAUGUUGCCUCCUUAUGUGAGGAUAAUCCAGGGUGAUGGUAUAAGUUAUGAAUCCUUAGGAAAAAUACUUGAAAAUGUGAAAAAACACAAAUGGAGUACAGAUAACGUUGCAUUUGGUAGUGGGGGCGCUCUUCUUCAAAGGUUGGACCGAGAUACUCAGAAGUUUGCCUACAAAUGUUCCUAUGCUGUGAUCAACGAUAAAGGG